AUGCCAUUGGUUCGCAACCCAAUCUUGCCAGGGUUCAACGCUGACCCUUCCAUUGUGAGGGUCGGCACGGACUACUACAUCGCCACAUCGACGUUUGAGUGGUAUCCAGGGGUUCAGAUACACCAUUCCAAGGACCUGGCAAACUGGGACCUUGUUGUCCGUCCGCUGAGCCGGCGGAGUCAGAUUGAUUUGCGCGGCGAGCCGGACAGCUGCGGCGUGUGGGCGCCGUGCUUGACACACGACGGAGAGAAGUUCUGGCUCGUGUAUACAGAUGUGAAGCGCAAGGAUGGAUCGUUCAAGGACACGCACAACUACAUUGUGACGGCGCCGGCGAUUGAAGGUCCCUGGUCUGACCCCAUCUACGCCAACUCGUCCGGAUUCGACCCUUCUCUAUAUCACGACGAUGAUGGCCGCAAGUGGUUCGUCAACAUGACCCAGGACCACCGAGGGAGACCGAGAACGUUUUCGGGAAUCGCACUGCAAGAGUUCGAUCCGGUCCAAAGCAAGCUAGUCGGCCCUAGGAAGAUUAUCUUCCACGGCACAGAACUUGACUUGGUAGAGGGCCCCCAUCUGUAUAAGAGAAACGGAUGGUAUUAUCUCUUGACGGCCGAAGGUGGCACGGGAUAUACCCAUGCUGCGACGCUUGCACGGUCGAGAAGCAUCUGGGGCCCCUAUGAGCUUCAUCCGCAAAAGUAUAUCGUAUCUUCUAGGGACCACCCGUUUACGGCACUCCAGAGAGCUGGGCACGCUGAUUUCGUAGACACUCCCGAUGGAAAGACAUAUCUGGUGCAUCUUGCUGGUCGACCAAUUGGACAGAAGCGGAGAUGCGUGUUGGGGCGAGAGACGGCUUUGCAGGAAGCAUACUGGGGUGAAGACGACUGGCUGUACGUCAAGAAUGGCCCAGUUCCGUCCUUGGAUGUCGAAGUACCAGGGACGCGAGAUGAGGAUGCCUACUGGAAAGAGAUACGGUAUGAGUUCCGGGAUGGGCUUCAUAAAGACUUCCAAUGGCUGCGGACGCCAGAGCCGGAGAGGCUAUUUGCAUUCGAGAAUGGCAAGCUUGUACUUACAGGAAGAGAAUCCAUUGGCUCCUGGUACGAGCAGUCUCUGGUGGCUCGGAGGCAGACGCACUUCUCUUUCGACGCUGAAACGGUCAUCGACUUUUCGCCCGAAGACGAGCGCCAGUUUGCUGGUUUGACGCUGUACUAUUGCCGGUACAAUUUCUUUUACCUCGCCGUGUCAGCACAUUCAGACGGCCAGCGCGAAAUCCAAAUCAUGAGAUCAGAGGCAUCCUGGCCCGAUGGCAAGCUGACUGAUGUUGGGGAGAAUGCCUAUUUCGUAAGUCUUCCCGCCGAGGGGAAAGUCAAGCUGGUGGCCUCCAUUCGCGGGAGCGAGCUGCAAUUCUAUUACGCUCUUGUUGCCGGCGACGACGGCCAACAGCAAGGAGAGCUACGGAAGAUUGGACCUGUGCUGGACGCCUCGAUUGUGUCGGAUGAGUGUGGUGGACACCAGGCUCAUGGGAGCUUCACCGGGUCUUUUGUCGGCGUUGCUUGCUCGGAUUUGAAUGGGACGGAGAAGAAGGCCACGUUUGACUAUUUCGUGUAUCGUCCUGCGCAUGAUGCGACUGAUCGAUAUGCAGUCUAG